CCGCUUUCUCGAAUUACGAUCUUGCACAGCAGGAGUUCAACUCAUCAGCUCUCCUCUUCGCAGCAUUGACAGGUUUGAAGCUUAACGAUCCUUCUGCAUUUGAUAAGAACGCGACAGAGUUACUUAUGUCUCACUUAACCACGGCCUGGCUGUCUUCUUGGUUGCUUGAGGCAAACAAUGACCUCUGGAACUGGGAAGACGACAACCUUACUGCCGGUGCCCUUUUACCGGUUCAAGUGUACGACGACACCUCAGCAAUCAGGCAACGACUCACUCUUUGGCCUCUUGCUCUUCUUGGCUGGAUGAUUCCAAUUGCUCUGUGGGAAGCGUGCAGCAACAAAGGGCGUACGACGAUUCAACGUGCUAUCAUGGACGACAGCACAACCUUACCAGGGUUUACCAGAGCCCUUCGGCCUUCGCCCGGAGUGAGCAGUCGCAUCUCAGCUAACGAAGCUUUGAAGCGUUUCGAUGAUGUGAAAACGAAUUUCCAUGUCAGCGGUGAGAACUCGGAAUGGAACCUCGAAUCAGCGGAGUCUGAUCAACAGGGAUUGCUCAACCCGAAGACGAAGACUCGAGCAUUGGUUGCUGAUGACGAAUUUGGCAUCCCGAUGUACCCAGGUGUUGAGCUCCGCACCUACUCUAGUUCGUUGUUAUCGCCGUCUCCCUACGGCUAUCGCUCGGACGAAGGAGCAAUGUGAACGCCCACGCCAUUAUUGGAUUACCUUGGAACCCGGUCGCACCUGAACAGUUUACCAGUU